CAUUAUUUUAAUUUGUGUUACUUUUUGUUUUUAUGACAAUAAACAAUUUUUUUAUUAUAACAUGAUAUUUUUUAUUCUUAAACAUACUCAUGAGGGCCCCCAAAAAAUGUUUGCCCCGGGGCCCCAUGACUACUAGCCACGCCACUGUCUUGAACCAUAUUAUAACCGCGGUACAUAGCCCAGAAAUUUUGGUUAUUCGCUUGGAUUUGAUUAAAGUUUAAGCUCAAUCGGUUAAUGAGAUUUGUUUUCAAAUCCAGUUCCAAGAUGUCCCACACAUACAUACUAACAGAUAGGUCUAGCUAUAUACAGGCUUGUAAGAAAGUCAAAACACAAGCAAACAGAAAUACUGACAAACAGGUUUACGAAUAACUUUUGAGCUUUCUACAUACAAUGUAGUACAUGACUCCUUGGACAUUAUUAUCAGUUGAUUUUCAAAAUUAAAAAUAGCAUUUUGAAAAAAUGAAUUGAUAAUACAAAAAAUUCUUCCAAAUGCCUUGAAACGAUUGGAAGGAAUCAGACACUGUAAGGAAUAUGAAAAAACUAGGAUGUUAGGUUGCUUGAUGUAUGUUGAUAGGCCUCAAAGUUACUAUGGACUUCAUAGUCAUACGUAACAGAGGUGAAGGAAACUCCAAAGAUUCGAGAAUACAAUUUUGUCGUUCUUAAAAAUGAUUAACUUUGAUUCAUAUAAAUCCCAUUAAAUAAAUUGGAAGAAAAAGUAAAAUAAGAAGUCAAGCAUGCAAAUCGUCGGAAACGAGUGACGUAGAUGUCAAGAAUGAAACCAAAUAUAAAGAAAAUGUGUUAUCUUGAUAUACUUUUUAAAUGGUUGCGAUUAUGGAAAAAAAUUAAUGAAUUUUGACAACGACGGGGUAAAGCCAUUUGCAGAUAAAAUUCCGUAUGUAUCUUGGGCGUUUAUAUACCUUGGCCUAUAUCCACCCUCUUAACACCCUAGAUACAACCAUGACUAUUUUUAUUCCAGGGCAAGUGAUGUUUUUGAUAGUUGUUGUAGCAUUAAUGACAAUACAAUCAAGUAAGUUACUAAUUACAGUUAUUCUUUUUACAUAUGCCUGUAUGUACUAUUUUUUCUAGUGGCUGGUGUAAUUUUCCGCAUAAGCCAUUCCAGGCUGUUGGCUCGUUUUCCAAUUAUAUACCAAAAAUUUGACAUGUACGGCUCUGGUUGUUCAAGUCUAUUUAGUAUAUUUUUGCAGAUACUCAGUUUGGCUAUAGGAAAAGACCCACAAUCAAGCGCCUUGAUUUUCUUUGUUAGUGGUACUACAGUUAUUGGCAUUGCUUUUUUAUUGGGCUUGGUUAGUGACCAUUUGCAAUUCUACAGGUAUUACGUUGGUGAUUCAUCGGAAGAUAUAAAACACCCACCAAAAACCUUCAAACAGUUGCUCCAAGCCGGAUACUGCAUUCGGCAUAUUAUCAUUCAAUUGUUUUUUGUACUGGUCUGUAUGACUUGUACCGGACCAGUGACCUAUUUGGUUGUAUCAGAGUAUUAUGGAAAUGGAAAUCCUUGGAAUGAGAAAUACUUCGUACCAGUUGUAACAUUCCUGAUACAUGAUUUGGUUGGGCUUGUAACCAAGUACUUUGCGAGGCCUUUAAUGACCGUAAGUCUGAGUUCAUUUGAUAAUAAAUAUCGCACCCUUAAAAUCGAUAGUAGUAGCAUAUUUCGUUAAAUCUAUUACGUGGCCGGGAUGUGGAUAAAAAUGGUAUCCGAGUAUGGUUGGUCUUUUAGAGAAUGCUGCAGUCGUGUUGCGAAACACACUUCAUUCAAACCCUUUUGUCCAACAGUAUAGAAAACGUUCUUUUCAUAUGAAGAAAUAAUACCCUGUAUAUGCUUCCUUCACAACUGACAUGAAAAUCGUUGUCCAUCGUAACUCUGCGUCAACAAUGCGCAUUACCACUGUUACUAGACGCUUUUUGGUUGAAACGCCGGUCAAAAUUAUGCUACAAUUACGUCAAAGUCGCAAUUUUUCAAUAAUCAAUGAAGGAACUUCAUGAUAUGAUAGUCUGACAUUGGUGUCCGGUAUUCCCCCGAUUACAAGCCACACAUCAAAAUCAGUUUUAUCCAUAUCCCUGCAGGGUUAUUAAGUGAAAAAAAUAUACGAGUACAAUGUCAAAAAAAAAUACGACAAAAUGUCAACUUUCUGACCUAAUAGCUGCUAGAGUAUAACAUUCCGCUUUGCUUGCUGUGAGCGCUCUGAGCGUCACCCUAGCUUCAUCUAUGGAGAAAUGACUCAACGACAUGGCGUGCUUUGUUGGUUGCAGAAUGCCGAGAUAGUCUGCACAGUAUGUAUCUCUGAGAAGAUGUGAAAGAAAGAAAAUUAGAUGAAUAGCAA